CUCAGUCAGUCCCGGUGCAGCAUCCUCAGAAACAAACCUGUGAUCCUUGUGUGGACAGAUGAGUGCAGUUUGGUUCAGAUAGUCCACAUUUACAGCAGAUUUAUUUUUCUUUUAAUACUCGCAUGGGGAGAGAUGGAUUCUUGCUCCACAGUAAGAGAAAGCAUCGAUGCGAUUGUGAUGGAUGAGUCUCCCUCAGAUGAAAAGCAAAUUGAGGAUUCUUGCCAAAGCGACAUCCCGGCGGUUUCUCUGUGCCCUCCUGACAGCGAGGCCCAGCUGACAGCCGUGCAGUCGGAAGGGGAGCUUUGUGACAGCUGCAGCAGCCUGGGCAGACCUUCCUCUCCCUGCCAACUUUAUCACCAAGUCCCUCAUGGUCCCCACAACCUUGCUUACAAUUCACCACAGUACCUGACAUGUCACCGUUGCAAUCAUCGUGAGCCAAUCAAACCAAACAGUUGCAGUGAGCGUCAAUCAAAUGCAACAUGUUCUGCUGGAGGUGCAGUGGUUCAAGUGGAACAUCACGGCAUGGCGAGAAGUCGCUGGAUGCAUGGACCACGUGACGGCGGGACGCACAAAUCAACACAGCAACACGUGGUGACAGUGAGGAAAGGUAGAGUCUACUAUGUCCUCAGAAGUUAUGCACAGGUGUUAUUGGAUUAUCCGUUAGCGGUGCUGGUGGGUUGUGCCGUGCUGCUGUUGGGGUUUUCGCUGGCCGGCCUCUUUAUUGGUCCACUGCCAGACUUCUCUGACCCUCUACUGGGCUUUGAGCCAAGGGGAACAUAUAUUGCAGUUCGCCAGUCCAGCUUGUUCAGGUUGCAGGAGAACACCGGUGCGGGCAAAACCCUGUCUCGUUUACCACCACAGCUCGGUCAAAGCACGGGGGCAGCAAUCAGUGGAAAAGGCGGUAGCAGCCGAAAGUCAUCAAGACUUCGCAACAGGAGGAUGUUGGUCCGAGACUCUUCUCCAGAUACGUUCCUCUGUGAUGCUCCAGGGGAGCAUUUGGCCCAGCUGGUGUUUCGAGCAGAAAACUCAGCCAGUCUCUGGAGUCUGAAGGCCAUACACGCCAUGUGUGAGAUGGAACAAUCAAGGAUUCGUUCUCAGGACGAGUUCCAGGAUUUAUGCCAGCAGCAUGCGAGGGUAGAAGAUGACAAGAGGGCAUCCAAAGGGGGCUGCUGUCCAAGCUGGUCUCUGGGAAAUUACUUGGCUGUCCUGACUAAUGCAUCACGCUGUCUCAGUCUAACCUCAAGCCAGGUUUCCGACUCUCUGGCCCUGCUCCGGGAAUGCGCUCCAUACUAUCAUGAAGGGCAUCUCUUGGGAAACUGUGUGGCGAGGCCCCAACAUGGUAGCUGUUCCUCUGUCCCAUCCCGCUGCAAGCAGUCUCACAUGGUGUUCCAAAUACUACACUUUCUGGUUGAUAAAGACUUCCUCGGGCCACAAACUGUUGAGUACCAAAUUCCAACUCUGAAGUACAGCCUUCUGUUCUUACCCUUGAACAAAGGCAAACACAUGAUGGAGGUAUACAUGAACAGUCUUGGCAGGGAACUGACAUACAAUGACACAACCAUCACUGGUAUGGACUUUGGCAUCAAGAAGACGUUGUUCAAGCACUACCUGGCAAGAGACUCAGUAUUCCCUAUUUUAGCCAUUGUCUCUCUUCUUUUAACCAUGGCUCUAUACCUCCAGUCUUUCUUCAUAAUAGCACUGACUGCAGUAGCAAUCACCGGGUCCCUCCUAACCACAUUCUUCUUCUACAAAGUAGCAUUUCACUUGACUUUCUUCCCAUUGGUCAACCUCUCUGCAUCGCUUAUUCUACUGGGAAGCUGCUCCAAUCAGGUGUUCAUCUUCACUGACUUCUGGAAACUCCAACUGUUGCAGAAUCCCUCAGCUUCCCUGGAGAAGAGACUACACAGGGUUUUUCAAGAAGCUGGGUAUGUGAUUUUAGCUUCAGGGUUGGCGUCCAGUGCAGCAUUUUUCUCUGGAUACCUCAGCAGCAUCACAGCAAUCAGAUGUUUCUCUGUAUAUUUAGGGACUGCCUCCUUCAUCAGUUCACUCUUGGCAUUGGUGUGGCUUCCAUGUUCGUUCAUUCUUCGCGAGCGCUACACAGCUGCAUCAGCUGGACCAGUAGGAGCUCAGGGAUGGAACCCAUGCUGCUCCAAAAGCUCCAGCAGCUUCUGGGAGACAAGCUCGCGAAAACGUUGGCUAUUCAAGGUGGGGCAGAAGCUGAGAGAACUCAAACGAGGUUUCACCGACACUUGCAAUUUAUUAUUUCUGAAGAUCCUGCCUUGCGGAGUGGUGAAGUUUCGAUACAUUUGGGUGUGCUGGUUUGGAGUACUCGCCACUGGCGGCACAUACAUGUCCUGCAUUGACCCAGGCAUGAAGCUGCCUACUCUAGACAGCACGGUCACCCAACUUUUUCGCUCCAGUCACCCAUUUGAGAGAUACGAUGCAGAGUAUCGUCACAUGUUUAUGUUUGAGAGACAGAGGAAUGGAGAAGAUAAGCAAGUUACGUUAAUGCUCGUUUGGGGUAUCAAGCCAACUGAUAACGGUGAUCACUUCAACCCGAGAAGCAAUGGUUCUUUGAUUUUUGACCAAAACUUCAACAUGAGCCAGCUUACUUCACAGACAUGGCUAAGGGACCUAUGUGGACGUGUUCAGAACCAAAGCUUUUAUUCCGCUCCAGCAGCGGAGGACAGAGAUGUGAGAAUAUUCAACAUCUGUCUGGUGGAACAGCUAAUACAGUGGGUGUCUGUCAGACCGUGUUCAGUGAGCGACGGUGACCUCCAGCGUUGUUGUAAUGGCACCCCUUUCCCCUAUCCUCCCAGUGUUUUUGAAAACUGCCUCAAUAUGAUGUUGGUAGAGAAGUAUAGUGAGGGUCAUCUGGCCCACAGUGGAGGUUUGUACUUCCAACCAGAUGGCAGAGUAGCUGCGCUUGUGUUACCCUUCAAAACCACAUACCUCUACAGCUUCAAUUACAGUAGAACUAGUCAUUUCUACAAAGAAAUCAUGACGUGGUUUAAGCAAGAAAUGUCAGGAGCACCCCAAGGACUGGAGAACGGCUGGUUCAUCAGCCAGUUGUCUCUUUUUGAUCUGCAAAAAUCUUUAAGCUCAGAGACUCUAGUUGUAGCUGGUUUCUCAGUAAGUCUAACAUUUGCCUUUCUUCUCUUAACCACCUGCAAUAUUCCAUUGAGGUAUGGGACUGUGGCUGUAGGUGGUAGUGUGUUUGUCACAAUUAGCCUCCUGGUUCUACUUGAAUGGCAGCUGAGCGGCACUGAGGCGCUAUUCAUAUCUUCAGCAGCAGGGCUCUCUGUUGACUUUAUUGCCAAUUACUGCAUAUCCUACAGUUUAGCUCCUCACUUGGACAGAAUUGGGAGAGUAGCGCAUGCCACAAAAAGAAUGGGAUGUCCUGUAGCGGUCGGGUCCGGUGCAUUUUUCUGCUUGGGGAUCAUCAUGUUACCCGCUACAGCCUUGCUGUUCAGAAAAUUGGGGAUUUUUCUUUUUCUAGUUAAAUGUGUAGCAUGUGGUUUCGCAACCUUCUUCUUUCAGUCCCUAUGCUGCUUUUUGGACCCAAAGAACUGUGGAAACAUUGGCUUGCUGUGUUUGUCAGACCACACUGGCGGUGUGCUGUCCUCUUGCUUGGCAGCAGAACCUGGUUCCUCAUCAGCCUCCACUGCCAAUGGAGUUGGCAGAAAUAGAAUUCGGAGGAAUUAUGACAAAGAUCCAGGUGGUUAUCUCUACCCAAACCACCAACAGCAGCAGCGGCAGAAAAAGUCUGGUACAGGGGUUAGCGGAGGAUUAGGAGCAGAGCAAUACGAGUUACAGCCACUGGCCUAUCGGCUGAGUGACAGCUUUGAAAACAGCACUUGCACCAGCAAACUGUCCAACCGACCCUCCAUACUCUCUGAUGAGAUCGAGUACUGUGGCAGAGACAUGGACAAGAACAGCACCGAAGAGGACAGCGAGAAGAUGUGUGGUCAUCAAAGAAAAAUCUGUCAACCACCUCCAGCCGUCCAGACAUCAUCCCCUUACAAAGGAAACACCCUGCGCCCUUCAGGCCAAGCGCAAGGAGACACAACUACAGAGAGACCGCUGUGUAAGAUAUGCAGGGGUCACACUGAUGAUGUAAAGUGCUGGAGCAAUACGUCCUCUUCAACCUCCAGUAUGGAGGAAACCAUAAUCAGCCACACACUAGAGACCACUGACCAGCUGUCUUUUUGUAAAGAGGACAACAAACUCCAUCACCAUCAUCAUCAUCAUCAUCACACCAACAAACGCCACCUCUGCUCCCAUUCAAAGAGUUCCUCUGAGGGUCUGGAGGACUCCAAUGAAACAUGCCCAAGUCACAUCGAAGCCAGGCCUUCCAGCACGCAGCAAUAUGAAGAAGACAACGUACUUCAGUUACAGCCAGGACAUCUAAAUGGAAAAAGGGAUACCCUUCGUCUCUCACUGAAAGAAACAGUCUACGAUACCUGUGGCAAAGGUUGCAUCAGUCACACUGAAGAAGCAAUCAUUUUACCCAACAGUAAGCCAGACUUGCCAGAUGUCUGGAUAAAGAGAGGUGGACAAAGGGAAGAUACAUGUUGAAGCUGAAGCAAUCCCUUCAAACACUGAGUUUCUUAAAACGGGAACCGCUGUGCUUCACACAAGCCUGUAGUCAGCACAUAGGGAGCAUUUACUGUUCCUCUGGUGCAUGAGGGAUGCUCACAAGGAAUACGACUAUAAACCCACGUAACGGCAUGACUCCUAAUGCUGCUCAAGUUGUGUUUCAAGUGUUAAAAACAACCCACUAUUGAAAGACGGCAUGUGUUUAAGCCACAGUUCUGCAUGAAGAAAACAACAAAAACACACACUUGCAGACGUUUGUACCUGGAAAACGAACAUCAGCACACUGCACAGACUGGAUCAUUAUAACACCGGCUACCAGUGACUAACUACUGGCCUUUCAGCCAUCUGGAAUGACCCAAAACGAGCCAUGAAGCAGAUGUGCGACAUUUACAGGGAACAAAGAUGCAAUGUGUGUACCUGUGUACACGACAACAUGGUGUAUAUGAGCAAGAACCAGCCCUAUCUCUUAAUGAGUCACGGUGCAUCCACUGGUUUCAUCUGUUUGUGAUGUAGAAUUUGUUCCUUUUGUGACCACAAUGUAGAAAAUCAGACACCAACAUGUAACAAUGUGUCAUGUGCAGAGUAAGUGUUUGCAUUUUAAUGUUUCACCGAUAAAUUAACAGUGGUUAUUGUCAGUGCCAAAAAAACUUAAUGUUUACUUUCAGAUUUUUGAAGAUAGUUAUGAUGAAACAAAGAUGAUGUCAUUGUGGAAUUAAGAAUCAAACCACAUUUUUGCUGAAAGCAGAUGCCUUAUUUUAUUUUUUAUUUUGGAAAGAUGCUGGAAUGAGAUUUAGUAUACAAACCAUGUUGCAUCACUGUAAAAUAGAAAGGCAGUAUUUAAGGACCAGAAAGCCUUUAAUAACCAUCUGCACCUACCACACGAGUCUCAGAA